AUGGCUACACCCAAGCAGCAGGCUGCUUUCUUCGAGCAGGUGGCUCAGGUCAAGAGAAAGUUAAGUGUUUCUACGGGAACACCGAUCGAAUCUAGGGCCGCCUCACCAGAGCUAGACGUCGGUAGCUCCAGAGGUAGCAUGACAAGUAUUGCAACACCUGGCUCUGUCAAUUCUCCAAGCAAUGUUGCGGAUUCGUUCGUCUUUGCUUUUGACAUUGAUGGUGUCCUCGUUCGAGGUGGCAAGCCUAUUCCAGAAGCGAUCAAGGCGAUGCAAGUCCUCAACGGUGACAACGAAUACGGCCUACACAUUCCUCACAUCUUUCUGACAAACGGAGGCGGUAAAACCGAAGAGCAACGAUGCAAAGACUUGUCCGGUCAGCUCCAGCAGGAUGUUCAACCUGGUCAAUUUAUAUGCGGGCAUACUCCCAUGAGGGAAAUGGCUCAGAAAUACAAGACAGUUCUCGUCAUUGGUGGUGAAGGCGAGACCUGCCGUAAUGUCGCCGAGGGCUACGGCUUCAAGGAUGUGGUCACACCUGGCGACAUCAUCAAGCACGAUGCCGCGACGACACCUUUCCGCAAGCUCACAGACGAAGAGCAUGCCAAUUCACGUACUCGUGACUUUUCUGACGUCGUGAUUGACGCUGUGUUUGUUUUCGCCGACUCUCGUGACUGGGCUGGCGAUAUCCAGAUCAUGCUUGAUGUUGCCAUGUCAAAGGGCGGUGUUCUCAGCCAGCGCAGCGAGACUUUCGACGAGGGUCCGCCAUUCUAUUUCUCCCACAAUGACGUUGUCUGGUCAGCCGCACACGAGCACGUUCGUCUCGGCAUGGGCGCUCUGCGCCGCAUGUUCGAGAUUACAUUCAAGGAUAUCACUGGAGGCAAGGGUGAACUAUACACCCAUGCUUUUGGCAAGCCUCAGGUUCCUACAUUCGAGUUUGCCUAUCGUCUCAUGAGACAGUGGCGUCAGGCAGAGCACGGACUCGUUAAGCCUCCCCAGACUGUCUAUUUCGUGGGGGACACGCCCGAGAGUGAUAUUCGCGGCACUAACGCCGUCAACGAAAAGGCCAACAACGAAUGGUACAGCAUUCUUGUCAAGACUGGGGUUUACGAAGAGGGUACCGAGCCUGCAUAUAAGCCACGCGUCACCGUCGAUACCGUUCUUGAUGCCGUCAACCACGGAAUCCAGCGAGAGAUGCGCAAGCGUGUUGUAAAAACGCUCCAGAAGCAAGUCAUUACGCCGAGCGAUACGCUGGCUGUUGUGGAGCCUGAUGAACUGCAGGUCUAG